UCAGCCAAAAAACCCACCUGUCCUCUUCUCUCUUUUUUUUUUUCUGUCCCUUUCUUUCUACAGUUUUCUCGUCCCUCUAUCCUAUAAAGACUGAUAUCAAUGUAACAUAACAUGGUUGCAGACCAAAUUGCAAGAAAAAUACUAUAGAAAUAAGAUUACUUGAAUUGGAUCCAAUGCCUUUCAAGCUUCAAAAACACCCCUCAAAAUUCAAAUAAAUGUUUUUAGUAGUCCAAUGUGUUUUUCCUUUUAAAAUUCAGCAAAGAAAUGUAUUUUAUUACACACCCAAAUCAUUGUUCCAGUAAAAUGAGAAGCAUUUUUGGGUGUCUCUGCAAACUCUGAACCCUGUCACGUGAAGUUUAAGCCAAAAAAAUUCAAGAAACGAAGCCCCCCAAAUCUUGAAAUUCUUUGUACUAUUAAUCCCAUUUCUCUUUGUUUAUGGUACUGAGUUUUUUUUAGGUUCCAUUAAAAGUGAAAGUACUAGCACAGUGAACAAAGAGUAAAUAUGUUGUGGAUUUUGUUUGCUUCUGUUUUGGAGGUGUUGUCAAGUUUGAUUUAUAGCUUGUGAGUCAAAGCUAUUGUCAUUGAUGAUAAUGACACUAAUUGGCGCCUUCUGUUACACUUCCUCAUUACAUUCUUUUAAAGUGGUAGAUCUGAAGAUUCUGGUGUUGAAAGUGAUCUUGUUAAAACUCUUUAGAUAGAAAGCUAAUUGUCUUUUGGAUCUUUCAGUUUUCAAGAUUCUAUCUGAUUUUUUUGUCCUCCUCAAUACCAAAUAAAAACACUUCCACCUUUUUUCCUCCACCAUACCAAAACCCAAAUCAAGACUCCAUUUUUAAUCUGCUGUUCAACUUUUUAGUGUUUCAUUCAUCAGUAGAAAUCCAAAUCAAGACUCCAUUUUUAACUUGCAGUUCAACAUUUUAGUGCUAAUUCAUAAGUAGAAAUCCAAAUCAAGACUCCAUUUUUAACUUGCAGUUCAACAUUUUAGUGCUAAUUCAUAAGUAGAAAUCCAAAUCAAGACUCCAUUUUUACUCUUCAAUUGAGCAUUUCAGUGUUCAUUCAUCAAUGGAAAUCCAAAUCAAGACUCCAUUUUUACUCUGCAUUUGAGCUUUUUAGUGCUCAUUCAUGAAAAUCCAAAUCAAGACUCCAUUUUUACUCUGCAUUUGAGCUUUUUAGUGCUCAUUCAUGAAAAUCCAAAUCAAGAAUCCAUUUUAACUCUGCAGUUGAGCAUUUUAGAGCUCAUUCAUCAAUGAAAAUGCCAACUUUAGUGAAAAUCAAGAACCCCUUUUGGCUGUAGAGUUGAACAAGAACAAUUCAGUGUUCAUUGAUUCAACAAUGGAAAUGUUAUCAAUUUCAAUGGGAAUCAAGAACCCACUUUUGUACUUAAGGUACAAUUCAUGUCACAAAAUGUUCUUUUUAAUCUUUUCAAUAUUUUCCAUAUUUUUCCCACUUGUAAAAUCAGGAGAUGCUGAAGCUUUACUAGCAUUGAAAGCCACAGUAGACCCAAAAAACAUUCUUGAUUGGAAAAAAGGGACUGAUUUAUGUCAAUGGCAAGGUGUAAAAGAAUGCAUGAAUGGAAAAAGAGUUGCAAAGCUUGUAGUUGAAAAUCUAAAUUUGAGUGGCAGAUUGGACGAAAAUGCCCUCAAUCAAUUGGAUCAAUUACGAGUUUUAUCCUUCAAACAGAACUCCAUUUCCGGCCAAAUUCCUAACCUCGCCGGACUUUUCAACCUCAAAUCCCUCUUCCUCAAUAACAACAACUUCUCCGGUGAGUUUCCGGCGUCCAUCACUGUCCUCCACCGCAUCAAAGUCGUGGUACUCGCCGGCAACGAUCUGUCAGGCGAAAUUCCGCCGUCGUUUACGAAAUUAUCCCGGCUUUACGUGCUGUAUUUACAGGACAAUCACUUCACCGGCGAAAUCCCGCCUUUGAAUCAACCGAGUUUGAGAUUCUUCAAUGUGUCAAACAAUCAACUCUCCGGCCGAAUCCCUAAUACUCCGGCGCUUUCUCGGUUCAACGAAUCGUCUUUCGCCGGAAAUGUCAAUUUGUGCGGAGCUCAAUUAAACCCUAAAUGUACAAUCUCCGGUCCUUCAAUUAGCCCGUCGUAUCCUAUUAGUCCUUACAAUGAAUCUCACCAUAAAAGAAGCAAAAAGCUUGUCAUUAUCAUCGUUUCGGCGCUUGCCGGAGUUUUGCUGCUCUGCAUUUUGACGGCGAUUUUCAUAGCAUGUGUGAGAAAAAGAAGAAGAAAAAAUAAUGAAGGAAAAAGCAAAGGAAUUGAAGCCGCUGCCACCGGCGGGGAUGAAGAGGGGACAAGUGGCGGCGGUGGCAGUGGUGGUAAUUUUGGAGGAAAAGAAGGGGCAUUUUCAUGGGAUCAACAAGGAAGUGAAGGAUUAGGGGCAUUGGUGUUCUGCGGACCAGGGGAUCAACAAAUGAAUUACAGCUUAGAGGAUUUGUUGAAGGCUUCAGCUGAGACAUUAGGGAGGGGUAUAAUGGGAAGUACAUACAAAGCAGUGAUGGAAUCUGGUUACAUUGUGACGGUGAAGCGGCUGAGGGAUUCGAGGUUUCCUAGGUUAGAGGAAUUCCGGCGACACGUGGAGAUUAUUGGUAGGCUAAGACAUCCUAACUUGGUCCCACUCCGAGCAUAUUUUCAAGCUAAGGAAGAACGUUUGCUUGUCUAUGAUUAUUUCCCUAAUGGCAGCCUCUUCUCCCUCAUUCAUGGGUCAAGGGCUAAUAGUGGUUCAAAGCCACUUCACUGGACCUCCUGUCUCAAAAUUGCAGAGGAUGUGGCUACUGGAUUGCUUCAUAUCCAUCAGAACCCUGGUCUGACUCAUGGAAACUUGAAAUCAUCAAAUGUACUCUUGGGGGCCGACUUUGAAUCGUGCCUCACCGAUUAUGGCCUCAUGCCAUUUAGGAAUCCAGAUUCUCCAGAGGAAUCCGGUGCUUCUUCCCUCUUUUACAGAGCUCCUGAAUGUCGUGACAUUCGAAGGCCAGUAACCCAUCAGGCUGAUGUCUAUAGCUUUGGCGUCCUCCUGUUGGAGCUCCUCACCGGAAAGACCCCUUUCCAAGAUCUUGUUCAAGAACAUGGAUCUGACAUACCGAAAUGGGUGAGAUCUGUUCGAGAAGAAGAAACUGAAUCGGGUGAUGAACCUGCAUCUAGUAAUGAAGCCUCAGAAGAGAAACUUGGUGCUCUUUUAAACAUAGCCAUGGCUUGUGUUUCACUUGUAGCUGAGAAUCGUCCCACGAUGAAGGAUGUUUUAAGGAUGAUUCGGGAUGCUAGAGCAGAAGCUCAAGGGUCUUCUAAUAGCAGUGACCAUUCGCCAGGAAGAUGGUCAGAUACUGUCCAGAGCUUGCCGAGAGACGAACAUUUGAGCAUAUGAGUUGUAUACUUUUUGAAGGGUUUGAAUAACGUGGCUUGAUUCUUUUGAAUCUUUGAAGCAUCAAUGAAUAUGAGUUAUAAUGGAUUUGUUGAUUCAGUUCUUGUAAAGACCAAGGGCUUUUUAUUUUUCUUGUUUCUAGGUUUAGUUGUUAGUAUCUAGGAGAUUUGCUUUAUACCACUUCAUUGACAUUCACUAGUUUAAGAUCCAUUCCUGAGUCAAAAGUUUGUUGCCAGCUUGUUUUGUGAGGAUGUAAUUGUAAUUGAGGUUCCAACUCUUUUUUAGGAAAUAUCUUGUUUGUAUCCAA